CCUCGCGCUGGACUUGUGCAUGCUGACCACGCCCCUUCUGCAUUUCGGAGAAGAUGGCGUCGCAAGUACAGAGAGGAGUGCCUCUAAGUGCGCUCUGUCCCAAGUUCCUCCACACAAACUCCACCAGCCACACCUGGCCCUUCAGCGCGAUCGCUGAAUUAAUAGAUAAUGCCUAUGAUCCAGAUGUCAAUGCCAAGCAGUUCUGGAUUGAUAAGACCCAGUUUAAAGGCCAAGACUGCCUCAUCUUCAUGGACAAUGGAAAUGGGCUGGACUAUGAAAAGAUGCACAAGAUGCUCAGCUUCGGUUACAGUGACAAGACAGUCAUAAACGGCCAGCACCCGAUUGGUCUCUACGGUAACGGUUUCAAGUCGGGGUCCAUGCGCCUGGGACGAGACGCCAUCGUGUUCUCCAAGUCUCUAGAUGGAGACACCAUGCAUGUAGGCAUGCUCUCACAGAGCUACCUGGCACAGAUCAAAGCAGAGCAGAUCAUCGUACCCAUUGUCUCCUUCCAACGCGUUGCACACAACCAGUUCCGUGUGAAUGAGAAGCACAAGGCCAGUCUGCAGGACAUCCUGUAUUACUCUCUCUUUAAGACGGAGAACGAGCUGCUCACAGAGCUCAAAGCCAUCAACUCCACCUGCUCCAUGGGCUCUUCAGGAACACGCAUCAUCAUCUGGAGCCUGCGCAGGACAUUAACAGGACAGACAGAAUUUGAUUUCACAACAUCCAGUUACGACAUCAGAAUCCCGUUGGAUGUGUUGGAGAGCACCAGUGAGCAAUACAGGCGGUCGGAGCUGCUCACAAAACCAGAGAGUUACUACUCGCUACGUGCAUACUGCAGUAUUCUGUACCUGAAGCCGCGUAUGCAGAUCGUCAUUCGAGGGCAGAAAGUGAAGACUGAGCUCAUCUCCAAGAGCCUGGCAUACAUCGCUAAGGACUAUUACAAGCCCAACUUUGUGAACAGACGUAUUCCCAUCACCUUUGGGUACAACACCAAGAGCAAAGACCAAUAUGGCAUCAUGAUGUACCACAAGAACCGCCUCAUAAAACCUUAUGAGCGAGUGGGCGUUCAACUCAAGGCCAACAUCCAAGGUCUCGGGGUCAUUGGGGUUAUCGAGUGUAACUUUCUGGAGCCCACCCACAACAAGCAAGAUUUUGACAAUACCGACAAAUACAGGAAAACCAUCAACAACUUAGGGGUUAAGCUGGAGGACUACUGGAAAGAGAUCCGCUUUAAAAGAGACAAAGAAGAUCCUAACAGCACCGUACCAGUGGAAGACACCAUGAAGCGCCCGGACCAGAACUGGGUGCAAUGUGACACCUGCCUGCGCUGGAGGAAGCUGCCAGAUGGGAUUGAUUGCAGACUGCUCCCAGAGAAGUGGUUCUGCCACAUGAACCCCGACCCCCAAUUCAGGAGCUGCAUGGUAGAGGAAGAGCCUGAAGACUCCGAUGAUGACCAACCUUCAUACCAGAAAACCUACAAGCAACAUGAAAGGAACACCAAAAUGCAGCAGGAGUGGAAACGACAACAGUAUGAAGAUGAGCAGAAGAAGGCGGAGCGGAUGCGGAUCGCAGCGCUGGCUCGGCAGAACGAGGCUCUGAGGCGCCAACAGGAGGACCUGAAACUGCAGCUUAUAAAGACAUCAAGCUUCAGGACAGCUGUACAGAUGUCUCCAGCUUCUGCUCCCCCCACAGUCAGAGUUAAUGUGAAGGCACCACUGAGCACUAGGGCUACCACAGCAUCACCACUCAGUGCUAGGCCCAGAUCAUCUCCUCUCAGGAUCUCUCCCCUCACACAAUCAGGGACCAGCCCUUCCUCCAACCACAUGCCCAUCAUCUCUAGCGUUUGCUCUCUUUCAACCCCUCCAGCCCCUUCAACACCUUCAAGAAUGAAGAGAACAUUGGCCAUGACCUCUGAAAGGGACACCAAAAGACCCAGGGUGAACGGUUUCCACCAAAACACCUCUAUGGGAUCYGCAUCAACGGCAGCAGAGACGAAUGUGUCAUCCCCAUCAGUCAUCAUCCCUAUUGACGAUGACGAUGAUGAGAUCACAGAUGACGAUGACAUUGUUAUCUUGGAGACCAACAGCACCCCUAUUCCAAAGAAGGCAACCUUUGACAUGGCCAAGGUAAAGUCAGAGAGUAGGGCUGUGGAAACACCUUCUGGCACUGGCAACAUUAGGACCAAUGGCAUAGGAACAAGCUCCGUGGAGACGGGAACCGCAGCGACCAACCUCUCCCCUCUACCACCUUCCUCAGAGCAGAUGAGCAUCACCACCCAGACAGACAUACGGGGCGAAGUGAAGGAUGAAGAGGAGCAGCGAAAGAAAAAGGAAGAAGUAGAAAAGGAGAAGGAGAGAAUAGAGAACCGGACAAAAGUGAAGAACAAAGAAGAGGAUGACAAGAAGAGGGAGAAGGAGGAAAGAGAUAGGAAGAGAACAGAACCAGGCCCAUCCUCUGCAGGCCCAUCCUCUGCAGGCCUAUCCUCUGCAGGCCUAUCCUCUGCAGGCCCAUCCUCUGCAGGUCCCUCCACACCAGGCCCCUCCACACCAGGCCCCUCCACACCAGGCCCCUCCACACCAGGCCCAUCCUCUGCAGGCCCAUCCUCUGCAGGCCCAUCCUCUGCAGCCCCAUCCACACCAGGACCAUCCACACCAGGCCCAUCCACACCAGGUCCAUCCUCUGCAGGCCCAUUUUCUGCUGGCCCAUCUGUCCCAGACCCAUCAGACCUUCCUCGGAUUGACUUCCGUAACCUGUCAGAGGCCCAGGAUCAGCAAGAUCAGCUGCUGGAGCUAAUGCAGGCUGCAGCCCAUGAGAGGGACCAGUUCAAGGAGCAGGUCCACAAGCUGACCUGCCAGCUCCAUGACCUGGAGGGCAGCAUGCAGGAGCAUUCCCGGGCCGCUGUGAAGAGAGAGCAAUGCCACCUGGCCUGUCAGACUGGAGCAGGGGAUGGAGAACGGGAGCAGGCAGAGGGGAGUAAGGUCAGUGACCAGCUGGCUGUACAGGUAGACACUCUGCUCCAGGACCUCAGCAACGCCAACUGUGAACGUGACAUGCUACGCUCCCAGGUGGAGGCUAUGAAAGAGGAGAGGGGCAACCUCUGGUCCCAGUGUGAGACGCUGCAGCUGGACGUGGUGGAGCUGAGGAGGGAGAAACAAGAGUGGGAGAAAGAGAAAGAGGAGAGAGAGAAACAGGAGAGAGAAGCAGCUCAGGCUGCAGCUGCCCAGACAGAGAGGGGAGACGUAGCAGCCACUAGUGCUGCUAAUGGCUCGACCUCGGAGGCACCCCAGACAUUGAGGGAGCUUCGGAGGAGCAUUGGUCGUCUCCUUGUCACGUUUGUCCCGGCGUUGGACCUCGAACAAGUCAACUACGACUGUCCAGUCAUCGACGAGAUCCUCGAUCAGGUUCUUACUGAUGUGGAGACGUUGGGGCCUGCGUAAGGGCCUGGGGCGGGAUAUGGAUGGAGGGGUUGUCCUCCAUCUAACUCUGUGAGGAGAGGCAGACCUGGAGAUGGUCACAGAGACUUCCUGCCUCUCCUUUUACCUCRGCGUUUUUACACUUUUUAAAUGUAUUUUCUAUGGAUUUUUUACAAGUGAAAGAGGGAAUGAACUGAAAAGUAUUUAUUUGUAUUGCUGUACAAACACUUUUAUAUUGUUCCAUGACCAUGGUGGUACUUAAUGAUGCAACAAACAGUAAGCUAUUUUGCACUGAAACUUUGGGGUUACUGAGUUCAACCUCUCCUUCUCACAAACACUUACUACUCCAAUGUGGAUGGAGGCUCUAGAAUCUUGUCAGUGUUCCGGGAAGAUGUUUUUCUCUUCGAUAACAGGUGACCACAGUGAACUUUCCUGGAAUGAUGUCAGGAACAGAGGAGUUUUCACUUGAUGAGUUAAGGGACGUAGUCUCCGCCAUGAUCUGCUCUGUGGCUUGGUAGAAGGACCCCCUUCUCUCCCAAAACAGAUCUAGCCAUCAGUUCUACAUCGUUCCCAGAUCAAGACAGAUUAAGUUCAGUAUUCAAUGUUGCAUUCACUCUUAUGUGCUCAUGUUCAUUUAUAUGCUAAGAAAUAAUGAAGACUUUUUCACCCAAAUCUUGAGUUAACAUAUAUUUUUAUUUUGUGUUGUAUGUUUUAUAACUAGGAGUACGAUAUCCAUAACCUCUCCCCUCACUCUUGUCACACGUUUGUCUUAUCAGAGUACUAUCAAUCCCUCUCUGUUCUUUUGAGCUGAGACUGAUGUUUCUCUUGAAAUAACAGGGUUUUUGCACUCCAGAGGAUUUCAAACUUAUUCCUACCUCUGGGACGCUAACAAAAUUAUUAAGUAAAAGUUAAGUUCCGUAUGCGGGCGGAGAUUGUAAUGCAAGAGAUGGGGGAUGAGUCCAGAGAGGUGCAGUGCAUUCAGACCCCUUGACUUUUUCCACAUUUUGUUACGUUACAGCCUUAUUCUAAAAUUGAUCAAAUAGUUU